AUGGCCGAGGUCACCUCCGCCGAUGGCGAGCGCGUCAUCGCCGACUCGGACUCGACGAGGAAAGUUGCUGAUGCCGUCCUGUACACCAAGAAGAGCACCGACGACGGCGAGAGCGCCCGUCACGUCGGCAUCGUCUCCGAGGAUAUGGCCCAGGUCAUAGACAGCGCCGCCGAGAAGGCGCUGUGUCGAAAGUUCGACUUCCGAAUACUGCCCGUUCUGGCCCUGAUGUACCUGUGCAAUGCUCUCGACAAGGGCAACUUGGGAAAUGCCCGGACGGCUGGGCUGUCCAAGGACCUGAACUUCGAGGGGAAGUAUAGCGAGAUCGUCGGCAUAUUCUUCGUCAUCUUCGCGCCCCCGGUCGCGAUGCUCGGCAAGAAGAUCGGCCCCGCGCGCAUGCUGCCCAUCCUCAUGUUCCUCUUCGGCAGCCUCACGCUACUAACAGCCGCCGCGCACAACUACAACGGCAUAUUCGCGCUGCGCUGGUUUUUAGGGAUGGCCGAGUCGGCCUUCUUCCCGCUGGUCAUCUACUACCUGACGACUUUCUACCGGCGCGGCGAGCUGGCGCGACGCCUGGCGGUCUUCUACGCCGCGUCCAACGUCGCCAACGCCUUCAGCGGCCUGCUCGCCUACGGCGUCUUCCAGAUCCACAGUCCGCUGGUGGAUUACCCCUGGCGAUGGCUGUUCAUCAUCGAGGGCGCCGCCACGGUGUCAUUCGCCCUGUUUGCGUUCUGGUACCUGCCGCGCAGCGCCGCCGAGGCCGCGUUCCUGGACGAGGGGGAGAAGAGGCUGGCGUACCAUCGCGUGCAUGUCGAUAGCUCAUCCGUCGUCAACGAGGAGUUUAAUCUGAGGGAGUCGCUCAGGAUCUUCAGGAGGGCGUCGACGUACGGGUUCUUGCUCGUUGAGAUCUGCCUCGGCGUGCCGCUUCAGGGGGUCUCGCUGUUUCUGCCCCAGAUUGUGCAGCGUAUUGUCACUGAUACUGUUCGCACCAACCUGUACACCGUCGCUCCGAAUAUCACUGGCGCGGUGAUGCUGCUGAUCCUAGCAUUCUCCUCGGAUCUCCUGCGCAUCCGGUUCCCGUUCAUCUGCCUCGGCUUCGCCUUCACCUUCAUCGGGUUUAUCAUCUACGCGUCGAUCCGUGCCGUCCGGGCUCAGGUCCAUGUCGCCUACUUCGCGACCUUCAUGAUGUGCUGGGGCACCUCGGCGCCGUCCGUGCUGCUGAGUACCUGGUACAACAACAACAUCGCACACGAAGGCGAGCGCCUGACCCUGACCUCGGUCGGCGUGCCGCUCGCCAACCUGAUGGGCCUGGUCGCCAGCAACGUCUUCAAGGAUGCCGACGCGCCGAAGUACACACCCGCGCUGAUCACGACGGCGUGCUUUGGCGGCGCCGGGUGCCUCGCCGCCGCGUCACUGGGCUCGUACAUGUGGUUCGACAAUAGGCGCCGCAACCGCCGGCAGGGCAUCAACCUCACAGCGAGGGAUGUGCCGACGGCGCGGCUGAGGGAUGGGCCGAAGGUGGAUGAGUUCAGGUGGUUCUUGUGA